GGACGUGGCCCUUCGUGGGGAGACCUGGAGCGGAUAGCGGGGCGUGGACUCCGAGCGAUCAGUGGAGAGGAGACAGUGGAGGGUUCUCGGGUGGGGUGGGAAAAAAGAAAGAACUUCAAAAGAUACUUACUGCUUUAGAAAAAAGAAACAGCUGAAGGGAGAAGCGUCCAGCCUGCAGCAGAAGAAUGGAUGAUAUUUUCACACAGUGUCGAGAAGGAAACUCAGUUGCUGUCCGUCUGUGGCUGGACAACACAGAGAAUGACCUCAACCUGGGAGACGAUCACGGCUUUAGCCCGCUCCACUGGGCGUGCAGAGAAGGGAGGAGCGGGGUAGUCGAUAUGCUUAUCAUGAGAGGGGCACGAAUCAACGUGAUGAACCGUGGAGAUGACACACCUUUACAUCUGGCUGCGAGCCAUGGACACAGAGACAUUCUGGCUAAGCUGAUUCAGUGCAAAGCGGACCCCAAUACAGUCAAUGAGCACGGGAACACCCCACUGCACUACGCCUGCUUCUGGGGCCAUGAUGAAGUAGCUGAGGACUUGGUAACCCACGGCGCCCAGGUGUGUGUGUGUAACAGAUAUGGGCAGACCCCUCUGGAUAAGGCUAAACCUCACUUAAAACAGUUGCUGCAAGAGAAGGCAGAGAAAAUGGGCCAGAAUAUGUCCAAAAUCCCAUAUAAGGAAACCUUCUGGAAGGGUACAAUGAGGACGCGACCUCGUAACGGCACACUUAACAAGCAGGCCGGUAUUGAUUAUAAGCAGCUCUCACUCCUGGCAAAGAUCAAUGAGAAUCAAUCUGGAGAGCUAUGGCAGGGCCGCUGGCAAGGGGAUGAGAUUGUGGUGAAGGUACUGCAUGUGAGAGACUGGACCACCAGGAAGAGCAGAGACUUCAACGAGGAGCAUCCAAAACUCAGGAUCUUUUCUCAUCCAAACAUUCUGCCUGUGCUUGGGGCAUGUCAGUCGCCUCCUUCUCCUCACCCAAUCAUCAUUGCCCAUUACAUGCCAUACGGAUCUCUCUACACCAUACUCCACCAGGGCACAACCCUAGUGGUCGACCAAAGCCAAGCGGUCAAGUUUGCUCUGGACAUUGCCAGCGGCAUGGCUUUUCUCCACACCUUAGAGCCUAUGGUUUCACGGCUUUACCUCAAUAGUAAGCAUAUCAUGAUUGAUGAGGAUAUGACUGCCAGGAUAAGCAUGGCAGAUGCAAAGUUCUCCUUCCAGUGUCCUGGUCGAAUGUACUCACCAGCCUGGAUGGCUCCUGAAGCCCUGCAGAAAAAGCCAGAGGACAUCAACAGAAGAUCUGCUGACAUGUGGAGCUUUGCAGUGUUACUCUGGGAGCUGGUUACAAGGGAGGUCCCCUUUGCUGAUCUGUCAAACAUGGAGAUAGGAAUGAAGAUUGCUCUGGAAGGACUCCGGCCAACCAUUCCACCAGGCAUCUCUCCUCAUAUCUGCAAACUGAUGAGGCUCUGCAUGAACGAAGACCCUGCCAAGAGGCCAAAGUUUGACAUGAUUGUUCCCAUCUUGGAAAAGAUGCAAGACAAGUGAAUGUCUCAGAGACAAUACGUCCAAAACCUUUGUUUUUGUUAUAUAAUCCAACCACUCCAUAGCUUCACUCAAGCAAAUGUAUCUGCUAGGCCACUGUAAAUAAAGCCACAAACCACUGUAUCUGCAUCUAGUUUGAUCAUCACUAUCCUUAAUUUGUUCAGGUUCAAUUUAUGUUUUAAGUUUUACUUUGAUAUAUAUUUUUUGCGCAACGGUUUUCAAAACAUUGUCUGCGAUCUGGAUUACAUUUAAGUGAUUCAUAAGACAGAAGCUCAUCCAAAGAAUGUUUAUAGAAUCCUAGCUUUUUAUACACGCCUGUCAUAGCAGAUUAAAUACAACUUUAUAUUUAUGACAAAUGCUUUUUCUAAUGUAUUAUCUUCCAAGUUUUGAAGCACUUACGGAAUAAAUUAUUCUCACUUGCUCUUAUGUUGCAGUGGCCUUAUGUUGUCAGGCUGCGUUCGAUUUGUGGAGCUGAUGUGUCUUUUUGCUAAAUUGUCAGGUAUUCUGUGAAAACAUACUGUUACAGAUAGGAAAGAAUGUAUGAAGCACUUCUACUCUACCAGGUUAUUUUUUAUUUCUGUUUUGGAACAAUAAAAUUGAAUAAAUGUUUUCAAGAAGAGUAACAUUAUAUGAAAUAUUCUUACAACAUAAAAAGACAACUAGAAUUAAACUAAUUAAAAUAAUACCUAUUUUUAUUUGUGUAUGACAAAAUUGCCAAAUAAAAUUGCCGUUAAUUAUUAAUUCA